AUGGUUCGCAAGAAGGUGCCCCUCCGGUACAUCGGCGAGGACUCCACCCGUCGUCGUACCUACGAGACACGUCGCAACUACCUAACGAAGAAGGUGGGCGAGCUAGGCAUCCUAUGCAACACCAAGGCAUGCGUUCUGGUGUAUGACGAGGGCGCAUCGGAGCCGUAUGUUUACCCGUCCCAUGCCGAGGCGGUGGAAAUCCUGAAUCGGUACAAGGCCAUGCCGAACAUGCCACAGUUCAAGAAGGAGAUCCACCAGAGCCUCGUUGAGCGCAUCGCUAAAACCAACCCGCAGCUGCCGGUCUUCCAGCCCCAAGUACCAUACGUCACCGGCGGCGUCAACAUGGGGCCUCCGUCGAUGUAUCAAGCGUCGUCGCAGCAGCAGGCGGGCGGGCAGCCAUCGUUCUUCCAGCCCCAGCCCCAGGCGCCAUACAUCGCUGGCAGCGCCGACAUGGGGCCUCCGGCGAUGUAUCAGGCGCCGCCGCACCAGCAGGAGGGCUGGAAGCCACCAGUCUUCCAGCCCCAGGCGCAGUACGUCACCGGCAGCGUCGACAUGGGGCCUCCGCGGAUGUAUCAGGCAUUGCAGCAGCAGGAGGGCUGGCGUAACUUGGUGAGAUCCGACGAGGACCAUAGCGCCCUGGUCUAUAAUGGAAAUGGCUACAGUACUGGUGGCCACGACGGCGUCGGCACCAGCUCGAGCGCCAGCUUCCCCCUCGAUGAUAUGAUGUCAUUCUUGGACGAUAUGGAGUUCGAGUUGUCGUGA